ACAAUUUGGUUCUUUGCAGAAACAAAUUAAACCUCUUCAGCUCUCUAACACUUUGGUGUUCCCUUCUUUUUUGUUUUCUUUCCUUCUUCUCUGAUACUAUCAUUAUUGUUUGUUUUUGGGAUCUUUUCCAGUUUCUGCUCGUUGGCUGCCAUAGUUUUUUGGGGCUCUAUUGAGCUUUAGGAGAAUACAGAAAGAAAAGAAAGAUACCAUACAUACAUUUAACAAGGUUUGUAAAUAUCUUAAACUAGCAGAACCUAGUGCAGUGAAAUGGGUAGUACUAGUGCUCCUUUAUCAAGCUGGCCAUGGGAGAAUUUUGGAUUAUUCAAGUAUGUGUUAUAUGGUCCAUUGGUGGGGAAGGUUGUGUAUGAAUGGUUGAAUGGGGUGGAAUUCUACUCCAUGAUCAGCUGCUGGAGCCUUCACUUGAUCAUACUAUGGAUUCUAAGAGGAGGAGUUCAUGUUCUGUGGAGUUCUUAUAGUCAUAUGCUUUUUCUCAAUCGAAAUCGAAGGAUCCUUCAACAAGGUGUGGAUUUCAAGCAGAUUGAUCUAGAAUGGGACUGGGACAACUUCUUGAUUCUUCAAGCACUAGUUGGGUCCAUGGCUUGCUAUGUGUUUCCAUUUCUUCAAGAUCUUCCAUUAUGGAAUAUGAAAGGUGUUGUUGCUGCUAUGAUUCUGCACGUGGGAGUCUCAGAGCCACUUUACUAUUGGAUGCAUAGAAAGUUUCAUGAACAUCACUUUCUUUUCACUCAUUACCAUUCACUUCAUCAUUCUUCUCCUGUUCCGGGGCCAUUUACUGCUGGAAAUGCAACACUAUUGGAGCACCUUGUUUUGACGGUGGUGAUAGGAAUCCCUGUUUUAGGGGCAUCCAUAAUGGGAUAUGGAUCAGCAAGCUUGGUGUAUGGUUAUGUUUUGACUUUUGACUUUCUGAGGUGCUUGGGUCAUUGCAAUGUUGAAGUGGUCCCACAUGAGACUUUUGAAAGGUUUCCUCUCCUUAGAUACUUGAUUUUCACACCAACAUACCAUAGCCUGCACCACACUGAUAAGAACACCAAUUUCUGCCUCUUCAUGCCCCUCUUUGAUGCACUAGGCAAUACCCUUCACUCCAAUUCAUGGCAAUUACACAAAAGAUUAAGCUCAGGUUCAGGGAACAAUUGUAGGGUACCGGAUUUUGUUUUCUUGGCCCACAUAGUUGAUGUGAGUUCUUGUAUGCACAUUCAGUUCUAUCUUCGAUCCUUUGCUUCGUUGCCAUACAGAACAAGAUUCUUCUUGGUCCCAAGUUGGCCAUUCGCCUUGUUAGUUUUGCUAGCAAUGUGGGUUUGGUCCAAAACCUUUGUAGUUUCCUUCUACUACCACAGAGAUCGCUUGCACCAAACAUGGGUUGUACCUAGAUGUGGCUUCAUGUAUUUCAUACCCUAUGCUACUGAGGGAAUCAAUAAGCAGAUUGAGGAAGCAAUCCUGAGGGCAGAUAGGAUUGGGGUCAAGGUCAUUAGCCUUGCUGCAUUGAAUAAGAAUGAAUCACUAAAUGGCGGUGGAAAGCUUUUCGUGGAUAAGCAUCGAAAGCUAAGAGUUCGAGUUGUUCAUGGAAACACAUUAACUGCUGCUGUGAUCCUCCACGAAAUUCCACAGCAUGUGGAUGAGGUGUUCCUCACUGGAGCCACUUCCAAGCUUGGAAGAGCAAUCGCACUCUACCUUUGCCGAAAGAAAGUCAGAGUUCUCAUGUUGACUCUGUCAACGGAUAGAUUUCACAAGAUUCAAAGGGAAGCACCUCUUGAAUAUCAAAGUUACCUUGUCCAAGUCACAAAAUACCAAGCGGCACAACACUGCAAGACGUGGAUUGUUGGCAAGUGGAUAACGCCAAGAGAGCAAAGCUGGGCGCCACGUGGCACCCACUUUCAUCAAUUUGUGGUGCCACCAAUCUUGUCGUUUAGAAGAGAUUGCACUUACGGUGAUCUUGCAGCUAUGAGAUUACCACAAGACGUGCAAGGCCUAGGCUCCUGUGAGUACACCAUGGAAAGGGGAGUAGUGCACGCAUGCCAUGCAGGAGGAGUGGUGCAUAGUCUUGAAGGAUGGACUCAUCAUGAGGUUGGCGCCAUUGAUGUUCACAGAAUCGAUCUUGUGUGGGAAGCUGCCCUCAAACAUGGACUACGCCCAGUAUCAUCACUCUAAUCAUCCAUCUCAUUUCUUUCUUAUUUAUCACGUCUUACACCUAAGAGUGGCCAUUUAAAUGUGAUUAAUUAAGUCCAUUCAAGUAGGACCCCUCUUAAUGUAUCUUUCUUACGUCAUAGCUUACUUUAAUAUUCCAAACAUAUUUAAACAAUGUUAGACACAUAUUAACUUUCUCUCAAAGUUUAAUUAUCAAAAUUACGUGCUAUAAUAA